AUGAGUUGUUGGAGAACUAACCGUCCAUAUCGUUUACAACAUAAACCACAUGUUAAACAUAUAGAUGAUGUAUCUCAAGAAAUUGAUAUAACAUCAAGAAAAACUACAGUAACACAAAUAUAUAGUGAAGAUAAUCCAUAUAACAAUCACAAUAUUGGUGCACAUAAGAAUACAACUACUGCUCCACUUAUUGUUGUCACAAAUGAUGAAACAGAUAGAACAUCAUCAGAACAUGUCGUACAUCAUCCAUCUAAAGUUAACAAAACAAAAUCUUCCUAUCGACCGAUUACAUCCAUCAAUAUGGAUAACAUAAGUUCAAAACAUUAUAUUAGUUCAUCUUCAUGUCCUGAAUCUCCGACAUCGUCCGAUAAAAAUUCAUCAACAAGAACUAAUCCAGCUAAUUUAUCACCCCCUUGUAUUCCUCCAACAUCAACUUCAAUUUCACAUAGUAGUGGAAAACGACGUGGAAUUGGUCAUCGAGCCAGUUAUAAACGUGCACAUAAAGGACGAUUAUCUAUUGAUCAUACACCUAAUGAAUUAUUUAUUGAAUUACAAGAAUUAAGAUUAGAUGAAGAGAAUGAAUAUUAUUGGCAUGAAUGUGCAAGAUGGAUCCGAUAUGAAGAAGAUUUUGAUGUUGAAAUACAACGUUGGCAAGCACCAAGAAUUGGUUGUUUAAAUUUUCAUAGUUUACUUGAAUUACGUCGUGGUUUACAAUAUGGUAUUGUUUUACUUGAUCUUGAAGAAGAAACAUUAGAAGGAAUUUAUGAUGGUAUUAUUAAUGAUGCUAUUGCUAUGGGACAAAUGAAUAAAGAUCAUAAAGAUGAAUUACUACGAAUUUUAACAUGUGAUCAUAGACAUCCAGACUCUCGUUCUUCAUUUCGACGUCGUUCAUCUAUUUUUGAUUUUCCUCAAACAAAUACACGACGAUCAAGUUUAGCUUUUCGAAAAAGUGAACAAAUUAAUUAUGAUGGUACAAGACGAAGAAGUUUAUUAGAAUUAAAACCUAAUGGAGACUUAAAUAAAAAUUUAAAAAAUCUUGUUGUUAAAUAUGAUAAUAUUGAUGAAUCUGUUGUCAGUGAUUUAUGUUCAAAACAAUCAUCAUCUGAACAAAAUAAUAAUAUUAGCAGUAGUAAAGAAAGUGUUAAUCAAUUACGGCCAACAUUCUUCACCCAACGGCUGUCACAAGUACAAACAAAAAAAUCACGGGAUUCAAUUCCAUACAAAUCUGAUGUAAUGCGACGUAUACCAAAUGAUGCUGAAUGUGCCGAAGUACUUAUUGGUAGUGUGCGUCAUUUAACAAGACCUAUUAUGGCAUUUGUUCGUCUUUCACGAAGUCAAUUAAUAGAUAAUAUGAGUGAAGUUCCAUUACCAGUUAAAUUUAUCUUUUUAUUUAUUGGUCCAGCUAUGGAAGAAUAUUUUGAAAUUGGUCGUUCUCUCAGUACUCUUUUUAGUACUCCUGAUUUUCGUGACAUAGCUUAUCGAGCAAUGGAUCGUCGCGAUUUGCUAGGUGGUAUAAAUGAUUUUUUUUCGGA